CGGUUACAAGUUAAUCCAGAACACCAGGAUGCUGCAACGUGUUUUCGCACAGACUUCCCGCUCCUUCCCUACAAAUAAAAGGGCCAGCUGACUGUGGGAGGCAGGAUGGACGGAUGGACAGAUGGAAGAGGGUUUUUCUGUUAAUCAUUAAUAACCUGGAUUAGCUCCACGUCUUCUCAUUAGGUUCAUGUGACCAUGCCGAUGAAACGCAGCUGCAGUGAGAGUUCAACCAGGGAUGGAGUGUUUCUUAUUCACUCUUUGACCAAGUCUUUGUGCAGCUCACCUGAGAAAACACGCACAAACUUUAACAAACAGACACAUUUCCAUCAGGAGGACGACUCUGGGAUUAAAUCAGAGGCAGAGGACAGUAAUGAGACACCGUCCUCUGAGGAAGACCAGGACCUGGUAGACUUUAACCCUGAGCUGACUGCCAAAGAGAACAUCUCGUCCUCUAGGAAGACCAUCAGUCAGAUCAUCAAGGACAAAAAGAAACAGACACAGCUCACCCUGCAGUGGCUGGAGGAGAAUUAUAUCGUGUGUGAAGGAGUUUGCCUCCCUCGGUGUAUCCUCUACGCUCACUAUCUGGACUUUUGCAGGAAGGAGAAACUAGAGCCGGCCUGUGCUGCCACAUUUGGAAAGACGAUUCGACAAAAGUUUCCUCUUCUGACAACAAGAAGACUCGGCACCAGAGGACACUCCAAAUAUCACUACUAUGGAAUUGGCAUCAAGGAGAGCAGCGCGUACUAUCACUCUGUGUAUUCUGGAAAAGGUUUAACAAGAUUUUCAGGGAGCAAGCUCAAGAAUGAGGGGGGUUUCACCAGGAAAUACUCUCUGAGCUCUAAAACUGGGACUCUACUGCCAGACUUCCCCAGCGCUCAGCAUCUCCUGCUGGAGGGAAACAUCUCCAGAGAAAAGGUAGACACUCUGAUCAUGAUGUAUAAAACACACUGUCAAUGCAUACUGGACAACGCCAUCAACGUCAACUUUGAGGAGAUCCAGAAUUUUCUGUUGCAUUUCUGGCAGGGGAUGCCCGACCACUUGCUGCCACUGCUGGAGAACCCUGUGAUAGUCGACAUCUUCUGUGUCUGUGACUCCAUUCUUUAUAAGGUUUUAACAGAUGUUCUGAUUCCUGCUACAAUGCAAGAGAUGCCUGAAAGUUUGUUGGCAGAUAUUCGCAACUUUGCCAAACAUUGGGAGCACUGGCUAACCUCCUCCUUAGAGAACCUCCCAGAAUGCCUUGCAGCCAAGAAACUCCCUAUUGCACGCCACUUUGUGUCCUCCCUGAAGAGACAGACCUCAUUCUUACACCUGGCACAGAUAGCCCGUCCAGCGUUGUUCGACCAGGCUGUGGUGACCGGCAUGGUGUCAGACAUCGAUAACGUGGAUCUCAGCAGCAUCAGUUCUCAGCCCCUGCUCAGUACAAACUCUACAGGAGACCAGGACCCAGAUAUCUACUCUGAGUAUGACUCUAUUAGCGUCUUCCAGGAGCUGAAGGAGCUGCUGCGGAAGAACGCCACAGUAGAGUCCUUCAUCGAGUGGUUGGACUCUGUGGUCGAGCAUAAAGUCAUCAAGCCCGGUAAGCAGAGUGGUCGGUCAGUGAAGAAGCGAGCUCAGGAUUUCCUCCUCAGGUGGAGUUUCUUUGGAGCCAGAGUAAUGCACAACCUCACGCUUAACAACGCCUCCAGCUUCGGUUCCUUCCACCUGAUCAGGAUGCUGUUAGACGAGUACAUCCUGCUGGCUCUGGAGACUCAGUUCAAUAAUGACAAGGAGCAGGACCUGCAGAACCUGCUGGACAAAUACAUGAAAAAUUCAGAUGCGAGUAAAGCAGCCUUCACAGCCUCUCCUAGCUCCUGCUUCCUAGCCAACCGUAACAAGGCCAGUGCUGCCAUCGACCAAUCAGUGAAGAACGAGUCUCCAGGAGUACACGCCUACAUGUCUCUGUCAACCAAUCAGCAGCAGAGUCUGGAAACAGGCUCCAUCAUCUACCAGGGGACAGAGUCAACAGGGUUUACUGUUUCAGGCAUUCAGAUGGACUUUUCUCAGGUCAGCGGCCCCCUCAUGACGCCCCCUAUCUCUCCAGCUGCAUUGGUCCACCGAGGCUCCGUCAUCAACCAGGGGCCAAUGACAGGAAGACCGCUGACUUCUACAUCGUCUUCUUCCACCUCCUCUUCCUCCGUUUCCUCCUGCUUGUCUUCUCUCAGUGCCAUGACCCAGCUCAGCCCCUGCUCUUCUUACCCAGAGACCCUGUAUCACUGCUUACCUCAGACCAGCUCGGGUUAUUUUCCUCCUGUCAGCAGCUCCUCUGCCUCAAACUACCAGACUGCUCUCAGGCCUCAGAGUCAGUGUCUGUCUUCGAUUCAGUCUCAGUCCUCUUCACUAGCCUACCAUCUCUCUCGGUACCCCUCCUUCAACGACCACCAUCAUAAUAAAGACAUCUUCUACAGCCAUCAUCCCUCAUCAAACAGCUCCACCUGCCCCAUCACACCAUAUAACCCUGUAGUUAGAGCCACACCAGGCUACAGCUCAGGCUCUGAUCCAGUUCACACUGAACAGGGACUAAACGCUCAGACAGCGACUGAGAUUCUGGACUCUGCAGAAGGAUUCGGCUUUGUAGGAGCUGGACUGAACCCAACAGGUGGAGGAUGUCAGGGACAGACGUACUCUGCUGCAGGAGGACAUGGAGGUUACUUUGGCAACAGUAAUUACCUUGACAGCCAGCGGAUGACAUCACUGGUGGACCAGCAUGUAUCAGUCAUCAGCACUGUGGGAAAUCUACGCCCGUUUCAGUCUGGGUACUCUGAAGUCCACGAUCCCCUCAACAUCCUGGAUGAGCCUGGGAGGAAAACAACAGGAGCGUAUUUUACUCAGACUGAAACUACAGCAGAUCAUUCCCUCCCCUCAUCAGGAUCAGCUCCCUGCAUGUUUGGAGUUUCCUCUCACUUCACCUCCCAGGAUGCACUGCUUUCACAGCAGCGUGGGCCAUCAUCUUCAGACGUGCAGGACCUGGUGUCUUCACUGCCUCCCAUCAACACUGUGUUCAUGGGAGCAGGAGGAGUGCAAUGACGGAGGAAGUACAGAGCUUCUGCAGGAGAAUGGUACUGAAAUCUGGAGUCUAGUUCCUGAUGAGUGCACAGAGGAUCCAAAUGUAUGUAUGCACCAAUGCUAUGAGGGGAUUCAGAAAGGCUGGCCAAAUUUCUGCCCCGAACAUCUAAACUUCAAAAUACAGCAUGAACUUAAGUGACGGAAGCCAGGACGUUCCUGGAUAAAGAAUAAGUGACAUACAGAGAAAGACUGUGUUUGUUUAUACCUCUUGAAUCCAGGCAUUUGUUCUUGCACAUCAUCGUUUCAAACCAGGA